CAUGAUUUAUAUCAUCUACAUUUGCUAGGGCUUUGAUGAAUUCAGUUGGAAAGGCAGUACUGGUAGACAUAAAUAAAGUUCAGACACCUGUUGGUAAAAAUGAUGUCCAGAGUAGUGAUGAAGAGAAUUUUAUGGUUGUGAAUGUUAUACCAUCAGGAAAGCAGUUGUCGCGAACCCCAUCACUCAGUAACUUCUGUCCUCCUUGUGGUAACAAACUUGACAGCUCUAAUUUCACUCCUGAUUUGCAAAAUAAACUUUCUAAAGUUGAAAUUGAAGAAUCCCAGGCUACCUGGCAAGAAUUAAGUUCACCCCAGAUACAGAAGAACAAACCUAGAUUAGAAGAAGAUUCAGAUCUAGGGGAGAAUAAAUCUGAAGACUCAACCCUUAUACCACAAGCUAAAUCUCCUGACAAACCUCCCCCUCCCUCUACACCUGAUCUAUCUCUGGUGCCCACUCGUCUUUUGCCCGCUUCAUCAAGCUUUAUCCUACCACCUACACCAGGACUUCCUCUACCUCCCACUCCAGAUAUUUUUGAAAUAAAUUCACAGUUAGAUUUAUCUCUACCACCACCCCCAUCUCCUCUCGUGCAGAAUUUAAGUUCUAUAUCUGGGAAAGACUUCCCUCCACCUCCACCCAGUGACCUCCUUCCACCCCCAUUCAAUGACCACUCUCUGCCUCCAUAUUGUAACGAACCUAACCCUGCAUCCAGUAAGCCCUCUUCAUCUUGUGACUUCCCCCCUCAUCCGCUUGGUGACGUUUCUAGUGUUUUCUCUUCCUCUCCAUUACAGACGAUACUUCCUCCUACUGACCUUGCUUCUAAUCCACCUACUGACCUCCCUCAACCUCCAUCCAGUUUGAUCCAGUCAGAAAAAGAAACCCAGAGUUUAACUAAACCUACCAGAUUAGUUGACUCCCCUGCUAAAGAAGACUUGAUAAGUUUGAGGAUGAAACGAAUUAUCCCCACGGGGAACCAACUCCUCAAUACACCCCAGCUAAAGGUUGCUGAUGAGAGGCAGAGCCAGGAACCUGGAGGACACUACAGACUCCCAUCUGACCUCGAGAAUAUUGCAUAUCCUUCUGCUUGUAAAGUUGGGAUGGAGGUGGUGGUUGAGGCAAAGCAGGUUAGGGAGGAAAAGAAUGCGAAGGUGAUGAAGGAGGCUGAAGUGGUAAAAGAGAAGAAGGAGGCAAAGAAAAUAAAGAAUGUUAUGGAAGUAACAUGUGUUACAGAUGAGAAGGAGGCCAAUCAUGUGAUAAAGAAGGUGAAACAUUUGAAGGAGAUAAUGAUUUCAACUGAGCGGAAUGAUGUGAUGGAUGUUAAGAAUAUGAAGGAUAGAAAGAAGGAGAAGGAGGUUAAGGAGACUAAGAAGAUGAAAGAUGUGGUGGAACCCCAAGCUUGUGAUUUUGAUGUAGUAAAGAGAGAAAACACUCUGAAGCGUGCUUCUCCUAGGCCCUUCCCACCAAGAAUUAGAGGUGUGAAAAGCCAGACCUUGCUCCCUAGUUCGAAACAGAAAAUAUCUGAAAGUUGUGAUUUUCAAUCCGCAAAGCUAUUGCCAUUGAAUGAAAUGGUAAUACCUGCUAAUGAGAAUGAAACCCAAGCUAGUGAAAUUCUGACAAGAGAGUUCAGCAACAAAUCUAAAAUUAACCUGGGACAGAAAAGUAAACAGGAGAUUGAAAAAGCAGAAAUAAAUUUAGAUGUUACUUCUAAGAAGGAAAAUGCUUGCACAUCUAGGAAGGAUGUAAGAGAAAAGAAUACUUCCAUACAAGAGAGUUGUACCAAGACUCAGACUCAAUUAAACCAUGGGAAUAAUAAAAUUGAGGACCAAACUCCACAUCCAGUUGAAGUUGAACAAGAGAGGGUUAAGAUUAGGAAUGAUUCUAAGAAGAUGAGCAAAUCUGAAAGCAUGCCUAAACAGAUGAGUAAAGAUGAUCUAAAAGUUUUGAAAGAGGUGAAAAAACAAAAGAUUUUAGAAGAGAUGAAGGAGAAGAAUAGAGAAAGGGUGGAAAAGAGGAAAAAGGAAGUAUCUGCUACCAUUACCCGAGCUCAAGCAGCAAUUGAAGCUCAUCCGCAAACUGUAGCUUUGAGAGCAAGAAAAACAGCCGAUCCAAACAUGAAGAAUGUGAAGAAGGCAAUAGAUGUUUCAAAGAAGAAAGAGGAUGAAGCACAACCUCCAAAGGAAAUAGAAAUGCUGGAUUCCAAGAUUGGUGCAGAUGAUCCUCCAAGGAACAUGGGGACCAAGUCUGAACCUCCAAGGAUUAAAAAGGACACAACUAAAAUUUCAAAAAACAAUAAGAUAUUGAUUCUGCCUUCGACCGAAACAGAAAGUUUGCAACCUAAUAACAAAAGAAGAAGUAACACAGAGUUGGCUGAACCUAAGAAUGAUACUGAGUUUGUGCUGAAACUACAAAGGGAUGGUGAUGAUGAUCAAGAAAGAUCUUCAGAACAUUGCACUGUAAACACGCUUGAGAGCAAUGACGAAGUUCUACAGGGCAAGUCUGGGAGUUCCUUGUCUGUUCCCAAGGACUCAGAAAAGCGCAAAUCCCAAGAUCUUGAAGUAAAGAAAGUGAAACUGAGUCGGAAGCCUUCCAAGAAGUAUAAAGAUGAUGAAACAGGACACAUAUUGUCUGAUGAUGAGAAACACCAGGAAUUAAGUGUGACAUCUCAGACAGGAAAACCAAGGCCUGUCAUGGGGGUGAGGAACUUGCAACGAAAACUGAGCAAUGCUAAUGUUAUUGAUGGUAACAGUUUAAGGCCCAGAAGAAGUCAACCAGACUCUGGUGGUGAAGAAGAUUUGAAGCAAAUUUCUGGUAUAAUUGAAAGCUAUGAACCCCAGAAGAAAAUCCGAAGAACAUUCACUGCCAAACUUGAUACUUCUGACCAAAACACCGGAAAGCAAAAUGAUUGUGAAUUGGUAGAAAACGUUUUAGAGAAAGAGAAUAGUCCCUCAAAAAUGUCUAAUAAAGAACAAACCAUUACAGACAUCUCUGAAAUAAUAACGACUGAAGAAGUUCCUAUUAAGAAGACUACAGUUUUUCCUCUUGGCUUUGGAAAAAAGGUUGGUAAAUUGACAGAAACAGCUGAAGAUGACAGUGGAGCACCUAAUGUAUUACUAAAAAAGAAUAAAGUCAAAGAAUUGUCUAAUCUUUUGAAAAAUAAAGCCAAACAAGAGUCAGAUUAUAAGAAAGCUGAAGCCAAGGAAGUAAUGGAUUUUGAGAAAACAGCUAAGAAAGCAUCAGAUCUUAAAAAAGCUGAAGCUAAGAAGGCAUUAAAUCGGGAGAACGCUAAAUCCGAGAAAGAGUCAGAUCAUAAGAAAGCUGAAGCCAAAGAAGUAGUAGAUUGUAUGAAAUCUGAAGCCCUGGAAGUAUCAGAUCCUAAGAAAGCAGUUAAGGAAGCAUUAGAUCUUAAAAAAGCUGAAGUUAAGGAAGCAUUAAAUCGUAAGAAAGCUGAAGCCAAGAAAGAGUCGGAUCAAAAGAAAGCUAAAGCCAAGGAAGCAUUAGAUCGGAAAAAAGCUGAAGCUAAGGAAGCAUUAUAUCAGAAGAAAGCGGAAGCUAAGGAAGCAUUAGAUCGGAAGAAAGCUGAAGCUAAGGAAGCAUUAGAUCAGAAGAAAGCUGAAGCCAAUGAAGCAGUUAUGAAGAAGACAUCUGAUUAUAAAAGAACAAAAGGUCAGGAUGAUAAGAAUAGAAUAAGAUUAGAAGCUAAAGAAUCUUUGAAUAUAAAUGAUGAUGUCAAGGCUACCAACACACGGAAAUCAAGAAUGAGCUCAGGAGUAGCUCUAAAGCAUGCUAAAGAAGCAGUCGAUGAAACUGGGAAGGAAAUUAGAAAAUCUAUUAGCAGUACAACAGUUUAUCUGGAAAGUAUCAAAACGGUUAUUAAAAAAGGAAUAGAAAAGUCAGGAAAGAAGGAUUCCUUUGCUAAAGAAAGUAAAGAAGACAAAAAGUCUGCAAGAAAAGAACAAAAAGAAGAAACAGUUUUGAAUCCCAACCUUAAAGAAGAAGAUGCACAAAACUUCUCUAUUAACAUGAGCAGGGGUAAAAGAAUGCCUGAGAAAAAAUCUUCGCAAUCUUCAGAAAAGAAACAAGAAAAUUUACAAAUCAAAAAUGAGAUAGAUGAGGUUGAGAAUAUAUCUGCUGCAACUUCUAAAAAGUUGAAAAAGUCCACCAGUCGAAGAUCAAAAAGGAAACCGGAGUUUGAAGAGAUUGAGAAGCAAUCCUCUGCGACUUCUGAUAAGUUGGAAAUGCCAGAAAAGCCCACCAGUCGAAGAUCUAAAAGGAAACCUGAGUUAAAGGAGGUUGAGAAUAUAUCUGCUGCAACUUCUGAUCAGUUGGAAAAGUCCAACAGUCGAAGAUCCAAAAGAAAAACUGUUCCUGGUUCAGUCCAACUAGAAAAACAGGAUGAAGGUUUUCAAUCCUCAAAGAAGAAAAGGGGUCGAAAAAACGAGACGUCAAUUUUAGAGCAUGAAAUUCAGGGCAAUGAUGAGGAGUACAUUAUUAGAAAGGAUUCCGAAGAAUUUUUUACGGCCCCAGAAGAGAGCUACGUCAGGCCUUCUCGGAAUGCUAGGAAACGGUUUGAUUUGAAGGAAGUGUUGACCAGUUCGGUUGAGAUUACCCCAGCAUCUAAAAAGAAAACGAAGAGAAAAAUUGCUUCGGUCGCACAAACGGCCAAAAGAACCGGGAAAAAGACCAAGCUUUCUUCAUCAGAAGAGGAGGAAUUUUUCUCUACUCCUCAGCGUUAACAUCAUUCUGUGCUUUCUUUCAGCUAACAUCCUUCCAACAUCAUU